AUGACGAGGACCUGCAAAAAUUGCGAGACAGAGAUUAAAGGGGUUGUUCUAUGCAUAGAUCACGAUUUCUUCCACGAGACCUGUUUGACGUGCUAUGAUUGCAACACUGAAUUGAAAACGCCAUCAGCAUGGAAAACGAAGAACUCUGAUAAUAUUCUGUGCCACGAUUGCUAUUGCAAAAGAUGCAAGACUGGGAAAAGAUGUUUGGGAUGCCAGGGCGAGAUAACAGUAAACGACUGGAUACAAGCUUUUCCAACUGGCAUCUUUCAUCAUCGAUGCAUCGUUUACAAAUGCUGCGACUGUGCAGUUCCAAAGGGAGCACCAUUUCACUUUGUAAACGGCGAAAUCAUUUGCCCGACUCACAUGAAAAUCAGCAGCCCUCAAGAUCAAGGAACAUCAGAAGGAGACCCAGAAAGCUCACCUGAGUCCAACGAUCCCCAGGAUGAAAACUCUAACGACAAAACUGAAAUCAGCCCUAGUAAAACAAAGCGUCGUGGCCCAAGGACGACGAUCAAAGCCAAGCAGCUGGAGAUUCUGAAAAAUGCAUUUCUCGCAGCGCCGAAGCCGACUAGACACAUGAGAGAGAAACUAUCAUCGGAGACUGGACUGUCUAUGCGAGUCAUUCAAGUCUGGUUCCAAAAUCGAAGAAGCAAAGAACGCCGACUAAAGCAGAUGAAACAGUGCGACUUGUCAAAACGAAUGUACCCAUCCGAAGCUGACUACCACUAUCAAGCAAUGAUGAAUUCGCAAGAUCAAUUUGGAGCUGAAAUGGCUUAUGCAAAUAUGAACAUGCCGAUCGAAGAAAAUCCAGGUGGGGACCUGACAUCCUGGUUCAAAAAUAUCUAA